CUCUCCGUACCCUCUCGCUGCGAACGUCUAAAGGCUUCCACUUUGGUGAUGACCAUCGAUGACGAUGCCAAAGAGGUAGGAGAUCCCCGGCGACUAUACUGCUCUGUUCUCUUUUCUGUCUUCGUUCCUUCUUCCAUUUUGGUGACCAUCGACGACGAUGCCGAAGAGUUAGGAGAUUGUUGCUCUGUUUUCUCUUAUGUCCUCGUUCUUUUGGAGUUAUUGGAUAUCCCAAUUCAUCUCGAACACACAUGUGGUGGUGGGCUCAAGGAUCUUGCCGUGGGAUUGAAAUUCAUGGCAAUAUCUAAUGCUGUGACUGUCAAUGGAUCUUGGUCUCGCUGA